AUGACAUCUAUGGAUAUGAAAUUUGUAAUCCUCUUCCUUUUCCCAGUUGUCAUUGGAAGCCUGGGUAAUUUCUCACUUUUAUAUCAUUAUAUCUUCAUUUCCUUCAGUGAACAAAGAACCAUGCCAACGUACUUUAUUCUCAGGCACCUGACAGUGGCUAAUCUCUUGGUCAUUCUCUCCCGAGGAAUCCCAGAGACCAUGGCAGCACUUGGGAUAGAAGACUUCCUCAAUAAUUUUUGGUGCAAACUCAUUUUCUAUGUUUUAAUGGUGGGGAAGGGUGUGUCUUUCAGCACCACCUGCCUGCUGAGUGUCUUCCAGGCCAUCACCAUCAGCCCCAGGAGCACCAGGUGGGUAGAGCUGAAAGUGAGAGCACUAAAGUGCAUUAGGUCCUUUCCCAGCAUUUUCUGGGUCCUGCACAUGCUGGCAAACAUCAGAGUUCCUAUGCUUGUGACUGACAAAAGGCACAAUAAAAACAUCACAAACACUAUAGAUUAUCAAUACUGUUCAGCUGCAAUCUCUAGCAAAGAAAUAAACUACAUCUUUAUGGCAUUGUCAUUAUCACAUGAUAUUUUCUGUUUGGAACUUAUGAUGUGGAGUAGUAGCUCCAUGGUUUUCAUUCUGUACCAGCACAAGCAGCAAACUCAGUAUAUUCACAGAUACAAAAGUUCAUCAGUAUCUUCCCCUGAAACCAGAGCUGUUCAAAGCAUCCUCCUCCUGGUCUGUGCUUUUGUUUCCUUCUAUGUCCUGUCUUCCAUUAUGAAUGUUUGGUUUUCUCUUUUUGACAGAUCUGCUUGGUGGCUGGUUAAGACUUCUGCUUUAACCCAUGUUUAUUUUCCUACUAUUAGUUCUUUUAUUUUCAUGACUCAUGACCAGUGUGUAUGCAAGCCAAUGUGGAAGAAGUAA